AUCUUAUCUGUAGUAACCUUCAUCUCAGUUGCUAUUUGAAAGCCGCUUUACGGCGGUAAGUUGGUUUGUUGUGCAGAGCUUUCACUCUCACUCACUUCGUGGAAUGCAAGACCAAAUAUUUGAACUUGCCGAGUUUCUUCAGACUAAAGGAAAGGGCAGAGCUGUUGCCGUCUGAAUGGAGUUUCCAUCAUUUUAACAAAGGAGGAAAAGGAUAGGGUGGAUCUGUUGGCAAUGACGAAGGUCAAAAAUAGGUUGGUGACACAAAGGCUGGUGCAUCUAUGGAUGGAUAAGGCAAAACUGAAGUAGUAGGUAUGGGUGGCUCUAGAGGACGUAAGAGUGGAAAAGGAAGAUCCAAGUCGAAGAAGUCUGGCACAGAUAGUGAGAAGCUGGAAGAACAAAUAGCAAGCAACUUUUCUGAUGGACCGGAGGAUUCCAAGGGGAAGAAUACUCUACCAACUGUAGAUUCUACAGUAACCAGAGUCUUUAGCACAGCUAGAGAAAAAGAAUUGGAGCAAGUUCUUGUUGCAAGAAUUAGCGUGCUAUAUACUGAAGUGAAAGAUUGGCUGUUGAAAACAGCGGGGUAUGCAGAGGCUGAUAUUGAACAGGCAAUGUUGAAGAAUGGGUAUAUCACAGGCCCCCUGGAUCCUACGAACAAUGUUAUGAGAAAUACAAUUGAUUUUCUUCAAGAAGAUGCUACGGGAAGAGGAGUUUGUUUCGAGAAUAUGAGCAAUUUAUGCUCAUACAUGCUGGAAUGUCUGAUAAAUGAAAUCAAGGAAAGUUGCCCAAAUAUGAGAAGGUCUGAUGCAAUGUCCCAACUUUUGCUGAAGGAUUGGGGUUCUGUUCCAACAUUGAGAGUGCCCUCUAGUGUUCAGGAUGGGAAUGAGAAAACUAAAGGUGUAUCCAUGGGUUAUUCAUCUUCUGCUGCACCAAAUGGUCGUGCACCAUCAUUUUUGGAAAGGGUUUAUCGUAACCCUGCACUAGCAACUCAUCUAAGCCACAGACUUCCUAUUCUUGUAGAUUCAGUUACGGCGCAGAAGCCUCUUGCAAGUGUCAGGGAUGAACUUAAAGAAGGUUAUGAUAUUUCUGACACUUCUUCUCUUUCAUCUGUGGCUGGAAGCUCUAAAGAAUCCCUCGAGAAACAGCUGGAGGCCCUUCCCGAAUAUUCAGAAGAACAGACUGCUGAGUUGAAGAUGGAAAUCAGAGAACUAGAAGAAAAGGUUGAGCAGCAAAAGAAGUGGUCUCAGAAGAAAGUGAUAGAUUGUGCAAAAAAGUUGAGUGAACAUUCGCUGGAGGUUCAUACUCUAAGGAUGAAUAGGGUAGACUUGGAAUCUCUUAGAAAAGAGAAUGAGGCUUUGGAGAAAUUUAAUGCACAGAAGAUUAAGGAAAAGGAAAAAGCCUUGAAUCUAGCAAAUUUUAGCCUAAAGGUUGCAACUGAAGAAGCAAAAAUGCUGGAGCUCGAGAAUGCUGAAAUUAGGGCGGAUAUUGAAGCCUUGAAGCUAAAUACAUCUGGGACCAAUGAAUUGGUGAAAGAAGUGUUGAAGAGAGAACAGAGAAGCUUGAAAAAACUCGCUGAUGCUGAAAAAGAAACAGCACUUCUCAGAGAACAGUGUAGUGAAGACAAGAAGAGGCUCCAGCAAUCGGAGCAGGAAUUGAUUCAAGUUCUGAAGGACGUUGAUGAAGUUCAGAUCAAAUUGAAGGAAGAAAUCAAGGAAAAAGAACAGAUGCUCGCCAUUCUGGCCGAAGAAAAUAGAAAGACCGAAGAAUGGGAAAAGGAAAUGGCCAAUACACAAGCAAGGCUGCAUAAGUUGCGCCAGAUUUACGAGAUGGAGAGUCAACAGGCAAUGGACAAGUACCAAAGGCUCAAAGAUGAACUGUCCGGUCUCCUCAAAUCUCGUCGGGCACAAUCAGAUUUAACCAAAGUGGACGGCAAAUUCUAUUUUGAGAACAUGGAAAUACCUUCUCUAGAAUCAAAUGACCAAGACGAGUCUUCAUCUUACUCCCGCAACCGGGACUGCAUAAUCUGCGCCGAGAGACAAGUAUCUGUAGUCUUUCUACCAUGCACCCAUGAAGUCCUGUGUCACCAUUGCUAUGAUACCGAAUGCAGCACUGCAGGAAGCUGCUGUCCCUACUGUCGUGUUGGGAUUGAGGAGGCCAUAAAGGUUCGUGGUCUAAGUUCCUAGUUUGAUCAGCAACUGAAGGGAUUUUCGAAGCAAAGGUAAGUGAUCUUUUUCCGCUACCAUUUUCAGCUCGUUGAUGAUUUGCCAUAAACUUCAAUGAAAAACAUAAUUUUAAUCUUAGAAGUACUCUAUAUCAGUUUUAUCAUGUGGACCCUGUGGGGGAACAAUCCUUUAUCUCAUUUGUUAUCUCUCUA